AAAAUUAACCAUAACUCUCAGGUGUGAUAGAUAGAAUUUUGAAAAUUUAAUGGUGCACUUCAACGCCUUAAUAAAGGUCUCAUUAAAUAAGUCAUUAAAACUCAGCCUCUGUAAAAAAUUGAAAAAAAAAGAAAACAUGUAAUUGUAGUGAACUUUUGAUAAUUCUGUUGAAAAAUGUGAAAAAAUCUAAUAAAAAUGAAUAAAACUUUUUUUAAUAAUAAUAAGGAAUAGGUAAUGCAUUAAUUUUUUAUAACUUUAUCUUUAAGUUCCCACCAACAAAUUUUAUAAAACUAAUCUAAUACCUACUAUAAGUAAUUUAAAUAUGUACUGGUUGACAAAAUAAAAAAAAACAAAUAAAAUUUAUGUUUCAGCUUGUAAAAGCCGUUAUGGUUAUGCUGUUAGAUUCUAGUAUAGGUUUACCUAAUUUUCUUUUAUUUUUACUAAAAAUCUACAUAAAGAACUUUAAGUAUAUGUUUCUUAAGACUUUAAAAUUCGUUUCAGUACUUUUUCAAAAUAAAAUACCCGUUUCUUAAUUUUUUCUAAUAAUGAAUUCUAUCUUGUUAGUAUUUUAAAGUGGCAGCAAAUAUUACAAAAAAUAAAAGUUAAAAACUGCAAAAUAAAUCAAUUAGCGGCGAAAUUCAAGAAAAAGUUGCAGGAAAAUUUUCAGCAGCAGGAAUCUUUACGACAACCAUCAUCCCUUUGUUUUGGUUUUGAGGUUAUGUAAAAUGUCAAAAGCUGAGCUUUUGCAAGAAUACAAAAACGAUGUAAAUAAUUUACGAAAAUGUGCCAAAGAAUUAAAUAUUAGUGAGAAGGAGAUAACGAAAAUAUUUAAAGAAUGUUUUAAACAAUUAGACCAAGAAAAUGCAAGCUCAAAUGAAAAUGAGAGUAACGCUCAAAAGUAUUUUUCUACAAUCCUCAAAAUAUUUUUAAUAUUUACAUUGAUAUCGAUUUGUGUUUACGUUUUAUUAAAUGUACAUCAACCAACUUCCAGUAUUGUGCUUCGAAAUGUUCAGGGGUUGAUUUAUCCUGGAUUAAAAGUGUUGAGGUUUUUAUCAGUUCCAGUAAUCAAGAGGUUUCCUGCACUCACAGGAUUAUACGAUGAGAGCUGUUUGGUUGAAAAUCCGUAUUUUUAUGUGUCAGAUAUGGAGUGUUGGCCAUGUGAAAAUGUGCACUCAGUUAUUGACUUGACUGGAUUUGAUAAUUACAGUUUAUACCAGUCUGGGACGCCUUACAUAGUCAAAACACAACAAAAAGAAGUUUUAUUUGAAAAACUAAAGGAGUUGUACAUGAGUAAUAAAAAUGUAUUUCAUGAUGAGGCUGACAAAAUUAAGUCAACUAAUUCUUCCAUCAGUAAUAUACAGGAAUUGUUCAGUAUUAGUGUUGAGUCUUCCACUCAUAUUUCUUGGAGAAUUAAUAAAAUGGCUCCUGGGAGGUUAAUAAGAACUUUAUUUCCCAGGCCUUACAUAAUUUCUGAAUGGUCAGGGCAAAGUAUAGAACGUUAUGUCAUGAUUGAUGGACCAAAAGCGGACCCUUAUGUAUUACCUAAUCCUGAAUGUAGUUAUGUAAUUAUUACACAAGGGGCAGGUGAACGCACCAUCAUCCUUAAACCCUCUAGAGAAUGUGGAGACGUCUGCAGAACAGUUUCUGUAAUACUCAAACCUUCUUAUGUUUUAUGGUAUAAUUGGUGGUACUGGCGCCCCAUCAGUCUUCCCACAAGAAAAGAUCUAUCAGAAGUGUCAGUAAGUUACGUAAGUUCAUAUUGUUAACCAACAGACUGAAUAAUAAAUAAUUUUUAACAAACG